CGGAGGCGGCGCACUCGGCCGGCCGAUGGAAGGAGUCGCCGUGCGCGCCUCCGCGUCUGAAAGCCGCAGUCCCCCGCGGCCCCGGCUGGGUUGCGUCUGCGUCCCUCUCUCCCCGCUCGGCCCUGUCCCUUCCGCUUCGGCUCACACCUGCUCCCCCUCCUCGCACCCCAGACCGCAGAGUGGCGGCGGCGCGGCCGGCGGGCGGUGACCACCCCCCAAUCCAGGGCCUCCGCCAGGUCGCGUCCAUUAACCUCGUGCCGAGCCCGGAAAGCAAAGGGAAGUUCACGGACUCUGGGACCCCAAGCUUUCAGAUUGAAAGGAGGAAUUUCCCAAAUUUUCUGGAGCGAGAAUACACCCUGAGCCUCGCAGCAGAAGUCCGCAGCCACAGAGAACCGGACUCUGCAAUGUUGGCCGGCUACAGGCCAAUCAGGCACGGUGGGGGAAAGAAGACAUCGUCUCCGGCAAAAACUGAGCUUUACUAAGGUUUUCCUCCUGUUGAUUUUGGUUUUCACGACUCCUUUAGCAAGACCUGUUGCUUAAGCGGGUCAGAUUCUGGUGUACAUCAUGUCCAGUUUCGAAGAUGCCGACACAGAAGAGACAGUAACUUGUCUCCAGAUGACUGUUUACCAUCCUGGCCACCAGCAAAAUGGAAUAUUCCAAUCAAUAAGGUUUUUUAACCGAGAAAAACUCCCCUCCAGCGAAGUGGUGAAAUUUGGCCGAAGUUCCAACACCUGUCAUUAUACCUUUUGGGACAAACAGGUUUCCCGAGUCCAGUUUUCUUUGCAGCUAUUUAAAAAGUUUGAUAGCUCAGUUCUCUCUUUUGAAAUUAAAAAUAUGAGUAAGAAGACCAAUCUGAUUGUGGACAACAAGGAGCUGGGCUACCUAAAUAAAAUGGACCUGCCACACAAAUGCCUGGUUAGGUUUGGGAACUAUCAGUUCCUGAUGGAGAAGGAAGAUGGAGAGUCAUUAGAAUUUUUUGAGAUUCAAUUUUCUUUGUCUACAAGACCACUCUUGCAAGAGAACAACUGGCUACCACAGAAGCCCACACCUGAGUGUGGCAGUUUUUCAUCCUGUUCCACCCAAAACAAUUCUCCUAUAGAAAUGGGUGAAAAUGAAUGGUAAACUCAGAGGGUUAAGGGAAUCAUGAAGGAUGAAGAACUCUGUAGACACUUUACAGACAGUCCACUUAUUAAGAGUUUCUUAGUGUAGUAUAUUACUGUCAUCUAUUACUUUGUCAAAUUUGAGAUCUGGUGUUAUCAUUUGAACUCUGUAACUUGUGUUAGUCAUUGAUUUAGUCACCUGUUGCAUUGCUGGAUGUGUGAAGAAUUACUGUAAGUGUAUAUCUGUGAGCAUUAAUGUACAGAUAGUAUCCUUUGUGAUGAAGGAAUAGUGUUCUCAAAAGAGUUAUGUUACUUUCUUUUUAUGCCUGAUUUUGGUCCUAUGUUUUAUAUUGUUUCGUUUUGGUUUGGUCAUAUUAUUUCACAGUAGUCAUUUGUUUUCAAGGUCAGGGCUACAAACAAGUUAUUAUGGGUGUUGUAGCCUGUUGGUAUUUGUAGUACCAGAGUAUUGGAACAGAGCAUAAUGUUUUUUAGUGUGUCAUCGUGGUUUUAAUAUGGGAAGACUUAUUUGAGCAAUAAUACCUUGAUUUUCUGUUUUUUUUUUUCUCUAUAGACUUAUACUGUUUAUUCCCAAGAAUACCGUUUUCCUUGUCUGUAUUCAGUAUCUAAAACCAAUAUUUUAAACAUUUUAACGAGCCACUGUGUUAAAUUUAGAAUUCUUUUUCUUUUUCCUUUUUUUGGCUGCACCACACGGCUUGCGGGAUCUUAGUUCCCCGACCAGGGAUUGAACCCUGGCCCCUGGCAGUGGAAGCGCCGACUCCUAACCACUGGACUGCCAGGGAUUCCCAAUUUUUCAUUUUUCUUACCAAAUUUUAAAUAGUUUUUUAUGUACUAGAGUUUUAAAUUCCAUGAAUUCAAAAUUUUAACAGCAUCCGUGUACAUAAUAAAGUCAAAGUUUAAUUCUCUAACCAUUUUCUUUGAAACUCUUUCUGAAGAAAGGGAGGAACUGUUUUUAGACUGCUCUAAGGGAGGACUGCAGUAGGCCGCAGGCAGAGGCUGUGGCUGGGGAUUCAGACACAUCCAGCUGUGACCCUCAACGCAUACUGGCUCCGUUAUUUGUUCCUCACCCCGCAUGGAGGCACAUGGCCACCAGUAGCUCCCAAGUUCUAUAUGUUACCAAUCACCCACUCAAAGAGAACCUCAUCUCCUAAUUCUAGUCCAAGAGAAGGGUCAGCUUGGGUCAGGUGCCCACCCAUCUACCAAUCAACUUGCCUCAGGUCACGUUAACUAAUGGCUGCUCCAGUCAGUGACAAUGUGGAUAAGAAAAGCAUUUUCUCAAAAAAUGGCCACAGUGGGGUGUGGGUGAGGGCAAACAAAACAGUUGGUGUUUGAUACUAGGUACUGCAGCUAAGUUGUGAGACUCACUGUUCACCGCUUAAGGACUCACUUGUCCCAGGAAACUGAUUUUUCUUGGGCUCUUUAAGUAAAGGGGUGUAUUAAUUGGUGCCAGUGUUAUAGUCAUAGGCAGUCUCUUUUUGAACCUGAAACUUUAUGACAAGGGGGUGCUUUCCAAUGGUGAAAUAUCAUAUUCUAUGUGAUUAUAUAACCAUAUUCUAGAAGAUUCUGUCUACUAUCUACUGCAUUGACUGACUUGAAGAAGCAUUACUUUUAGGCUCUAACAUGAGUGUAGUAUUAGUAGUAUUAGUUUUAAUAUGCCUUGUGGAAAAAUUAGCUAUAAUCUUUACUACCAGGAGAUAACUGUUGUUCACAUUUCGUGUGUAUAUAUUUGGUAGCUGAUUCCAUGUUAUCUCAUGGCCCUUUAAACAUUUUCAGUUCUCUAACACUUGUUUAAUUCCUUACAGUAAUUGUUAUCAUCUGUUAAAAUAACAGGUGAGGUUACUAUUUUAUU